ACGGAGGGCCGAUUCCUCCCUCUUUCCUCGCCUCUUCUUCCCACUCUUGACUUCCCUCUCCUCUCUGUCUCUCUCCCCGAUUCCUGCUUCCUCGGGCUCUAGAGAGAGCAAGAGCCGGAGCUGGGGUUUCGAGUUUCUCUGGAAGGGCGCUUACGCUCUUGAUCUCUUGAAUCGUGUUCGAAAGAGAGGAACAACGGUUUCUGGAUGCUAAAUCUUGGUUGGCAGGGCUUCUCCGCUAGUUCUGCUUCCCCUUCCUUUUUGGACUCUUUUGGCCACACGAUUCCAUUGAUGAAAAGUAGCCUCUGAUACUUGGUAACACUUGGACCAGUUAAGGCCCAGUGCCGAGGAAGUGUUCUUGAGCAUAGAGAGGAGAGCAGCCUGAUACGAGUGGCGGAUAGCAUCUGCCUAAAGUAUCCUUUUUUUUUUCCGCUACUGCUUUUGACAAUAGAUGAUCAGGAGGAAGUAAUAAAUACGAAGGAAGAUGAACAGUUUAUGUAUAUCAAGUUGAACUUUAGUAGAUACUGUAGCUCAAAUGCCAGGACCGAGAAUGAAGAGAAAAUCAGACAAGGGAUGUGUAAGAUUGCACAAUGUCCAUGCUCGUCACAGGUCAUCUAAGAAAUCAGAAAACUCACCAUCGGAAAUCAACACAGAGGUGGACGCUUCUAUUCAAAUUCAUCAUGAUGAUUGAAUAUAAUGCUACAGGAAACUUUUCAAACACAAUUAGUUCUCGAAUGGAACAAUCAGGGUGCGACUCUACGAUAACAGGUUUUGAUGGAGCCUCUGCUGAAUUGCUGAACUUGUCUUCAUCUCCACCGGAUCCUUUAUCUACUGAAAGAAUGCUGCAGGGUUCAAGCUCAACCGCAAUAGCACCAGAGUUAGAAACAAUUUUCUCACCUAAUUUCGAGGAUGGUGAUUCCCACUUGAAUUCAACUAAUCAUGGUUAUGAAGUUCAGAAUGAAAAUCCUGGAUUGCCUAAUCUCGUUGCGGAUGAAGGAGAUGAUGGAAACUCUGGGUUCAGUGAUUAUCAAGCUUGCAGUUUAUUCGACUUCUGCUUUUCAGAGAGUGCUCCUUCUUUACCUUUUGAUGAUAGCAUGGAUUUUACCGAUGUUUCUUGCCAUCAUUACGAGUUUACUACUUCUGACAUACUGACUGAUGUGGCGGAGAGGUAUAUGAUGCUGCCAUUCCUUGGGAGGAACACAGAAACUGGCGGUGCUCAUGAUAAUGAAUCAAUUCAAGAAAUCAUGAUGAACUCCAAUGAUGCAUACUUGGCAACUCAUCAAGAAUCUGACAUGAAUUAUCUAUCUGGUGAUUUGGGAGAAAUAGAAUGCCUGAAUCCACAGCUAGUUUUUCGAACUUCACCUGAUUUAUCUCGGGAAGUUUCAUCGAGUUGUCCUACUCUAUUGCAAAAGGAAACACAACAAGGGAAGCCCAUAACUCUUGUCCUUGAUUUAGAUGAAACUCUUGUUCAUUCUACACUUGAGUACUGUGAUGAUGCUGAUUUCACCUUUCCGGUUUUCUUUAACAUGAAAGAGCAUACCGUAUAUGUAAGACGGAGGCCUUUUCUACAAAUGUUCCUCGAGAGAGUGGCUCAAAUGUUUGAAAUUGUUAUUUUCACAGCUAGUCUAAGCAUAUAUGCUUCUCAGCUACUUGACAUUUUGGAUCCAGACAACAAAAUAAUUUCUGGGCGCAUUUAUCGUGAAUCAUGCAUAUUCUCUGAUGAUACCUAUACAAAGGACCUAAGUAUUUUGGGGGUUGACCUGGCAAAAGUUGUCAUAAUCGACAAUUCCCCACAGGUUUUCCGGUUGCAAGUUAAUAAUGGCAUUCCAAUCAAGAGUUGGUUUGAUGAUCCAUCGGACCAUGCUUUAGUUCAAUUACUUCCUUUCCUCGAGACCCUGGUCGAUGCUGAGGAUGUUCGUCCGAUUAUUGCAAACAGGUUCAGCAACAAAGAGCAGCAACAGUUUGUUUGAGAUAUCAUUGUCUUGGCAAUAUUUAUUGUUCUUCCUGAGGUAACCAUUCUCAUCGACCGCAAUUUAUCCACGGUUUCUUAGAUUUGCUUCCAUUAUCAUGCCAACUUAGCUGUAUGACGUGUGAAGAUUACUGAUGAUUGUACCAAAUUUUCUCCAAGUGUAUGUAUAUUCUUCCCAUCCUAUUUUCUCACACAGGUGUUUACAUUAGAAUUUUGUCAUGAAAAUAAAAUAUUUUGUUCUACUGUUUUCUUA